AUGGCGGCUUGGGAAACUCUUCGUAAGUUCGGGCUGGGCCACUGCGACUUGCCCACCUUCUUAUGGAACGUCACUGUGAUGUUGCGACUGGUCGUGCUUGAUAUAGACAGUCGCAAUAAAAAAGGUAUCCACAGUUUCUUCUAUAUCUUGUUGCCGAUCUUGAUUUUCUCUUUUGUAUACGUGUUCAUCUUCUCUGGAAUAUGGUUCGUGGUCUUCAGAGCCGUAGAAUUGGGCGUCACCACUUACAGAGUCAAGGUUCUCUCACUGACGAUUUGUACUGAGAUGGGGCCGAUCAAGUAUUUCUAUCUGUUUUUGAAUAGAUCAGCGACUAAACAGCUUAUAGACGAUUACUUAGCCUGCGAUGCUUUAGUGGAGGCCGACAGCAGAGCCGCCAGGAAACUUGUGGAGAACAUGAGGAUAGUCAAGAGGAGAGCCCUCAUCUAUUGGUCGAUCAUCAUGGCCACCGGGGUCAUUUACCUCAUCAGACCUGCGUUGCACCCCACUAAGAGGAUUGCGAUUGAUGAGAACUUUCCUCUUUAUGGUCUCGAACCAGUCUUAGAGUCGCCAAACUACGAGGUGAACACUGCAUUGAUGACACUGGCCUGUUUCUUUACCGUGUUCCCCCCAGCCCAAAUCAACGUUCUUCUAAUAGCCAUGGUCGGCUACACGGAAUCACAACUUAAAGCUCUGGGUUGCGAUCUGAUGUCUGUUUGGGAAGACGCUGAAAAGCAUUACGAAGAUAUCAAACAUUCAAGACUAGAUAAUAAUGCCGACGAGGCAAGAAUAAAAAAUGAGUUUGUCAGACGUAAACUUAGGAGCAUUCAGAAAGUCCACGUAAAGAAUAUAGCUUUGAUAAGGGAAACUCAACGAAUAUUCAGAAAUGCUUUCGCCGGAGAGUUAAUUGUGCUUAUAAUCAGUCUAACUCUGGAACUGAUCGUGGGUUUGAAAAAAACGUACGAUCAGAUACCUUUUGCGUUCUUCCAGAUAGGAAUCGAAUGUUAUGUGGGUCAGAAGUUGAUUGAUGCUGGGGUGGCAUUCGAGCACGCCCUGUACGAUAGUAACUGGGAGAAUUUUGAUGUUCGCAAUAAGAAAACUAUUCUUUUGAUGUUGGUUGAUGCUCAGAGCACUCUGAUGCUGUCCGCUGGCGGUGUGUCCAUCAUGAAUUUUGAGCUGCUAAUGAGCAUUAUCAAAAGCGUUUAUUCAGCUUAUAAAGCGUUAGAGACACAAGAAUAA